GUACCCUUGAAGCGGACAGCUCUCCCCGGAUCCACACGCUGCUCACCGCCGGGCUCCGCAUCCCGAGCCUGGAGGGCAGGAGGAGAUCAUAAUUAAUCUAUCCGACAUAGGGGGGAAAGUGUAGCCGCUACGUUAAAGGCAAACACUUCCUCCUUCCUCUAAGAUCGUGACCACUUGCACGCCGCUGAAGCCGUAGCGGAAGGGUGAGAAAGAGGGAGGAAAAAAGAGGGGAGUAGCAGCAUCAUCACCACCACUACAGAGAGAGAUGGCGGAGUGCGGGCGGAAGGCGCUGUCUCUCCUGGAAGCGGCCCGCUCCCGGUACGAGAGCCUGCAGAUAUCCGACGACGUGUUCGGCGAGUCCGGGGAUGACAGCAGCGACAAUCCCUUCUACAGCACCUCCGGAGACUCUGACUCAGACAACUGCAUAGCCGAAGUAGGCGAGGAGGAGCACCAUCACCACCUCCAUCACCACCACCACCAACAUCACCAACAAAAACGGGGCGAUAAGGAGAGCGGGCACAGCGGGGGAGCUGGAGGUGGCAGCACCGGAGCCGGUCCUCCGGGCUCUCUGUCCCGUAGCCAGGCGGGGGAGGAGGGCUGGACGGAGACCCUGCAGGAUGUCACGGUGCCGCCUUACAAAGAGACAUACGGCCCUGCUCAGAAGAUGCCGGUCACCGCCACAGCUCUAGACUUCUUCCAGCUCUUCGUCCCAGACAACUGCAUCCAAAACAUGGUCACCCAGACUAACAUGUACGCCAAGAAGUUCCAGGAGCGCUUCGGCUUGGACGAGGGCUGGCGCCCCGUCACGGCCCAGGAGAUGAAGGCAUUCCUGGGCUUCGUCACCUCCACCAGUGUGCACCGCUGUGAGUCGGUGCUCAGCAUUUGGAGCUCAGGCUUCUUCAGCAACCGGAGCAUCGCUUUGAAGAUGAGCCAGGCACGCUUUGAGAAGAUCCUUAAGUACUUCCACAUCGUGGCUUUCCGGCCGUCACAAGGAAGCAACCAGGGCCUGUACAAGAUCCAGCCCUUCCUGGACUCACUGCAGCAGUCAUUUAGCUGCACCUUCAGACCUUCACAGACACAGGUUCUUCAUGAACCCUUGAUAGACGAAGACCCGGUCUUCAUCACUACCUGUACGGAAAGAGAACUGAGGAAGAGGAAGAAACGGAAGUUCAGUCUCUGGGUCCGACAGUGCACCUCCACAGGAUUCAUCUGUCAGAUCUCAGUCCAUCUGAAGGAGGGCCAGGGUACCGACGGUCUGGCCACUCUGAAGAACAAGCCUCAGCUUCACAGCCUCGUGGCCAAGCAGCUCUGCCAGAACAUCUCUGGCAGGAACACCAUCAUCUUCACCGGGCCGUCCAUCACCAGCCUCAGCCUCUUCACCGAGUUCAGCAAACAAGAUAUCUUCUGCUGUGGUCUGCUGAGCACCAGGAAGAGCGACUGCACAGGUUUACCCCAGAACAUGCUGGUCUGCGGCUCCACACCGGCGCAGCGUGGUCUAUCACGAGUGAUGAUGAAGGGCAGCAUGUCACUGAUCAGCUGGUACAACAAGGGACACUUCAGGUUCCUCACCAAUGCUUACCCCCCAACAAAACAAGGUAUGAUCAUUAAGAGAAAAAGUGGAGAGAUUCCAUGUCCUCUGGCUGUCGAGGCGUUUGCGGCUCACCUCAGCUACAUCUGCAAAUAUGACGACAAGUACAGCAAGUACUUUAUCUUCCAUAAGCCCAAUAAGACAUGGCAGCAGGUGUUCUGGUUGAGCAUCAGCAUCGCCAUCAACAACGCAUACAUCCUCUACAAGAUGUCUGAUGCCUACACAGUCAAACGCUACAGCCGGGCGCAGUUCGGCGAGAGACUGGUUAGAGAGCUGCUGGAUCUAGACGACUGUUCCCCCACACAAUGAGGAAGAGGAGGGGAAGGAUGAGGAGGAGGACAGCAGGAGUGCACAACACAUGCACACAAACACACAUGCAGACACACACACACACAAACACAAUCGUGUCACACACACACACACACACAUACACACAUACACACACACACACACGUUCUCACUCUUCAUUACGGUUGUACAGACUCUGCAGUCUGUGUCUAUGUGAUAAUACUGAAGCAGUGCCAAGCCUAUGUCUCUCUCCCUCUAGUUGUUUUUUGUGGUACUGUAAAUAUUCAUUAACACACGACUGCACUACAAAAUAGAGAAUUAUGAGCCAUGGGACAGUUCACAUGACUCAACUGCAACUUUUAACACAGAUUUACUAAGGAUUUGUCAGCAGGAGCCAUUCCAAAUGCAGAGAUGAAGGCAGCAACAAUGAAAAAAUUAAUAUGCCACUCAUAAAUGAUGUCAGCUUCAAUUUUUAACUCUUAUCAAAGAGUUAAAUCAUUGAUAUGAGCCUGAAUGUCAUAUUUGAGUGUUCAACCAUGUACUCGUCAGACAAAAAAGCUACAUGUAGCUCGAUAUUUACACUCUGCAAAAAACACCUGCGACCCUGUAACAAAAGCUUAGUAAACCAGGACUAUGGUGUGUUCACACGCUGCAUGCAUAAAGAAUCUGGAUUGUGAUGUUCUCUUGUGAAGAUGAUUUCUGCUCCAGGUGGGUUUGAAAAUUUCCGUUUGUGUGUAUGUAUUUAGCAAGUGGAACUGCUUUUCUGCGCAACUUCGAGGCUGAGGAUGUAAAUGUAAGGCUAUUGUGACCCAGAUGUGUUGUUGUGUUGCUGCAUACUGUACUUGCUAGAGGAAGACUGUCAGGUGACUCAAAGCCACAAGCAGCAGCGUGCCACCAACUCAAAAAUCUAAAUCAAAAAUCAAAAAAAGAACAAAAAAGGACUUGGUGACAGAUUUGUUAACAGAAAAUAACAAAAAAUGCAAUUAAAUCUGCAGCCAACUUUUGCACCAACAACUCUUUUAUAAGCAGAUAAACUCCUAAUAUUAAUCUCUUUCAUCACUUAUGCAGUUAACUAUACUUUGGCUUUGCAGGGAAAACGUUCAAAAACUCUUUGACUGAAUGUACAGUAAGCCAGUGUUGCUAGGCAACUAGUACAAUCUUGGCCAAUGGAUAGAGGUUUGAAUAAUAUUGCUUAGCAAGAUUUGGAUCCAGGAAGUAAAAACUAAACCAUUGGUGUCUUAUAAAAUGUCCCAGAAAACCAAAUGUUGCAACAAAUCUUAAUGUGGUUACAAGACUUUGGAGCUGUCAGAUGUGCGAUGACUUUCCAUCUCACACUUUGCUCUAAAACUGGUGCCCAAAUCUCAUCAGGUACGCCAUAAGUCUGACAUGACACAACUGUGAAAUUAGGGCUGCAACUAAUUAAUAUUUUCAUUAUUGAUUGACCUGUUGAUUAUUUUCUGAAAUUAAUCAACUUGGUUGGUCUAUAAAAUGUCAGAAAAUAAUGAAAAACCCAAGAUGACGUCUUGAAAUGUCUUCUUUUGUCCUAAUAAACAGUCAGCAAUACAAACAUAUUUACUAUCUAUUUAAAUGUUUACUAUCACUGAGGGCUAAAUAAACAAGGAAAUAUUCACAUUCGAGAAAUUGAAAUCAGGAAAUUUGGAUGUUUUUGUCUUUAAAAAAAACCUAAAAACAUUGCAACCUCUUUUACAAAAAUUCAUGAGAACAUUUCCAAGAAAUAAUACCUGCUCAGAAUAAACAAUUAGUCAACUAACAUCUUCUUCCUCAGAGAUGGAAGCACAGAUACUGUUAAUAGCAGCCUUUUUCUUGCAGAGUAACAGACCUGCUGUCUCUCAGUCAGCCAGUGGAAGUGUGAGUGAAGAGUCGAACGUUUAUCUGCAGAAAAAAAAAUCACUUACCAUUACCAUUUGUAUACCACACUGCUGUCUGUAGCUUUAAUCAGACCAGUUUGCUUUGCUUAAGAUGCAGUUAACAUGUUACUGUCAUGCUGGAAUAAUGUUAUGAAGAUAUUUCAAGUGAAAGGUGUUGAUGUGUGCUUGCUCCAUCAGCAUGGUUUGAUGUGUGAAUACACGUUACUGUAAGAUACAGAUUGAGUUGAGUGGUUCGCUGGCAGGACUCUUGCACUUUGUUUAUUAGAAUAUCCUUUUAGUUUUGGUUUGAACCCAACGGUAGAACCCACUGCUCUCAGAAAAAUACUGAAAAAUAUGAAUAGAUAAGUUCUGUAAAUAUAAAUAGAUAAAUGAAAUGGAUUAUAUGAAAAUAUGCCAAUCAAAUAUGAUAGAAAAUGAAUGACUAUAACCAAAACAGAAAAAGGUUUCCACAGUAGAUUUAGAUUAUAAGGUACAGUAUGUAUGUGUAUAUUUUGUUUACAAAUUACUGAGUGUAUAUCCAUGUUCACUCUGUCACUGAGACUCAAGAUUGUGAUUUUUUUUUAACUUUUUCACUAAUCCAAAGCAUCGUUGUUGUUGUUGUCGCUGUUCAUGUGUGUGUGAGUGCUGUCGUCACGUGUCUAACCCCUGUUCAUCUCUAAGUAACACUGUUAACCUUUAUGAAGCACUUCUGUCAUAUCAUGUCAUGUAGUUUUGCACCUCCUGUUUUUAAUACAAUAUUUCAUAUCAACUAAUGACGCAAAUAUUUAUCGGCUCAUCUGAUCUGAAGUGAAGUACAGCUGUAGCCGUGUUAGAGACCCAUCGUGCACCUCAGUCUGCACACUGUGUGUCCUGUGUUGGUAAUUAAAGGAAAAAUUUACACUAAUUAAACACUCUUGGCACAUGUUUAAAACCGCUCUUGAUAAUGUACCUUGCACUCUGGUAACACUUUAUUUUUAAGGCAAAACUAAUAUGCACUAAUAUGUCAAUAUAUCAUUUUGACACAUAUAACUGCAAAGAUAAGUGCUUUCUGUUUAUUUUCUGAGUUCAUUUUUGAAAAUGAACAACUAUGAACCCAUAUAUACUGAGUGGAUACUUACCAACUAAAUCAAUUUAAGGAAAAUGUAAAAUAAAGAUAUUUUUCUUAUUCCCAUAAAUAACGGGUUAUUCCCAGAGCAGUUUCAGUGGUAAUUGAUAAUGAAACAUGUUUAAGUUGUUGAAAGCAUCAAUGAUUAACCAGUAAAUUCUUUAAAAAGUUUUUUCCUUUAAUACAAAAAGCAAAAGCCUCCAUUCCCUUCCAUCGACAUUCAACAAUCAUCCAAGGAGAAAUCCUCCAUAUGAAAUGCAGAGAGGCCAUAUUAUCUCCUCAGACUGACUUCAGAAGGCCUUAACACACAGCAGCCUCCAGGCAUGUUGCAGUCUGCAUCACUAUGUGAAGCAAAAAUAGACGAGGCAGGUUGUGGGAGAGUGACCAGAGCAGAAAAAGCAAAACCCAGCUCUUCAAAGCAAAAUAGCCCCCAGACUGCAUCACAAAUUGAUGAAGCAGGUAUAACUGUGUUAAGAGCAUCCUGGUGUGAAUUUUUCCUUCAAUUCCUUUAAAGUGUUUAAAGCAUGUAGAAAAUUGAAGGCUGCAUUUGUAAAUGGGCGUCUAAUCUGCAGCUGAGGCAGGUGUGACACACACACACACCUUGCGAUGCCAAUGAUGUGUGUGAUAUCCGCAGAGGUUUUCUGUAGUGCUUACAUCGCUCGGCUCAGACCAGAAAUUAGAAGAAAUUAUGCACCAGGGAAUCUGCAAGGCCACCACGGUUACUUGGCAACAAAUUAUAUACAAGUGUGUGAGAGAGAGAGAGAGAGAAAAGAGGAGCAGAUAAAGAGCUACGCAGCUUCACGUCAUCUCCUUUUAUCAUCUGUCAGAAGAGAAAGGCUGAGGAUCCUCCCCUUUGAUGCUUUUGUUUAUUUUGUUCAGAGGAGGGUUGUAUCGCUGCCCCUAUAGAUCAAAAGCAUAAUUUUAAAUUCUCAGGUUGAUCUCUGAAAUAAAAAAUCUGUACAGCCCUCUCUAUUGAUCAGCCAAGAAUCAAAUAUUUAUAUAGUGCCUUUUUCCUCUCAUUUUCUCCUCUCACUGCAGCAGUUUAGUGUUGUGUUGAUGUGAAUGACUAGAAUAGAUUUUAAACCACAGGCCCAAACACUGACUAUGGUAAAAUCCUGUCUUGCAUGGUGUGAGUAAUAUAGAGUAGAGAAAUAAAUCUGUCACUUCUGCAGCAGAGUUUUUAGAUGCUGAAUAUAUUUUAUGCAGCCCGGUGCCCUUGUCCCACUGCUGUAAUGACUCGCUUCAAGUGAUAUUUCACCCGAGUGGUUCCACUGGGAGUCACCUCAACAUCUUUUCCACUAAUAUGGCUUCUUAACACAUCUCAAAAACAUAAGUAGGUCUGGAUAAUAUGUGUUUUGUGAUGGCAGAUCCCAGUGUUUUUUUCGUUUACGUGGGUAAACUACUAUGUAGGAACCUUGUUUGGAUGUUGAAGGAAAAAGAGGUGGGCGGUUGCAUCUGAAGUCAGACAGCUUAACAUCCCAUCACCAACUACAGCCUUAAAACAAAAUACAAUCACCAAUAUGAAAACUUUGAUGGGUCUCACGACAGCAGCGUGGAUAUUUUUCUCCAUAUUUUUCUACCACUUCUCCUCUCACAGAUUUCAAAGAUGUCUGAAUGGCUCCAAGCUUUUACUAAUUCUCAUUCAUUGGGGGGGAAACAGUGGCAGAUGAGAGGGAGGAAAAAUACUGUGCAACCACUAAGAAAGAUCAGAAAUAGUUGUCUUUCAUCCAUCCCCCGCAACAUGAACUGCUUGUCAAAAUCAACCUUGAAUUAUUACAAAAAUGAAUCAUCCUCACAUUCAGUCAUUUUGUGGUACUGAAAUGCAGUAGUGUAUAAGGUGACGUCCAUGUAUGUGGUGUGCUGUGUGUUCCAGUGUGUCAUCUCUGUACAGUGCGUCACUGAUGUCCAUGUGUGUGUAUAUCCAGUGAGUGAGACAGUUAUCAGAAGAGCGAGUAAAGAUAAUUACAAGUGAUUAGCUUUAGAUGUGAUAAAGAUGUUAAAAUGGCUGACCUCAGGGCUUCAUAACUAACUGCUGUACAAUAUAUUAACUUAUCAAAGUAAUAUACCUAAAUGGACUUCUAUAACCUUUUCAGGUGCUACAAAACACUGUACAAGUAAUAGUAGAAUUAGACUUAUUGUUAUUGUUGCGAGCUCAGCAACUAAAUAGUGAGCACCAGGGUCAUAUAAUGUAAGAGUUGUACCACUAAACACAGUCUUUCCUGAUUAAAUGUAUAAAAUAUAAACGUAUCAGGCACCAAAAGUAAAAUUGAACUGUCUUAGUGGUCAAACUUUUUCACUUCAUAUGAUUCUGGUUUGUAAAGGAUGUUGAAUAUCUGCGGACUGACAUGUAGUUUCACAGAUGGGCCAGAAGGGUGUGUGUAUGUAUGUAUGUGCAUGUAAUGUUAACACUGGGCUGAGUAAUAUGUGUACAAUAACUGGUGUAUGCUGGACCAAAUAACUUUCUUUAAAAAAAAAAAAAAAAGUGUGUAAUGAUGAGUUGUACAAGGUUGUCGUGUAAAUGUGUCUUUCAUUAAAACUUGCCACAUGUGGUUGCUCCAUUGAAGAUUUGGAGAAGCUUA